AUGCCCCCGCGGCCAUCGUCCAGGGAGCUGUGGGGGCUCCACGUCAUGCUCCCCCGGAUCAUGGUGGAUUGCUGUCUCCCCAAUGGCAUCCUGGUCACCCUGGAGUGUCUGGGUGAGGCCGCGCUGCUGGGCAUCAAACACGAGCUCUUCCGAGAGGCCCGCAAAUACCCCCUCUUCCACCUGCUGCAGGAUGAAUCCUCCUACAUCUUCAUGGGGGUGACCCAGGAGGCCGAGCGGGAGCAGUUUUUUGACGAGUCCCAGCGGCUCUGCAACCUGCGGCUGUUCCAGCCCAUCCUCAAGCUCAUCAAGCUGGUUGGCAACCGGGAGGAGAAAAUCCUCAACCGGGAGAUCGGCCGGCUGAUGGUGGCCGUGUGGGUGAUCGUUGCCCCACACCUGGACCAGCAGAACUACACGCUGCGGGCCACACACGACGCGCGGCCUGGGCAGGUGAUCGCUGAUGCCAUCCACAGGCAGAGCCGCAGCCUGCACCUGGCACCCGUGCAGCUCCAGCGCUGCCUGCAGGAGUCCGGGGGCCAGUGCGGCGCCGAGGAGUUCCUGCUGCACGAGUGCCCACGCAGCCAGUGCAAGCCAGUGCAAGGUGAGGGGCCCAACACGGGGCCCCACGUGGCCCUGGGACCCCCAACCUGGCCCUGGGACCGCCUGCUCAGCCAGAUGCUGCCCUAAGGCUGCCGGUCCAUCGGGGAGUACGUGGGGCUGAUCGAGGAGGUGAAGAGCUCGCACACCAUCAUGCAGAUCCAGUGCAAGGGCAGCCUGAAGGGGCCGCUGCAGUUCAGUAGCCACUGGCUGAAGGACAGGAACAAGGGGGACAGUUAUGACAACGCCAUCGACCUGUUCACCCGCUCCUGCGCUGGGGACUGCACGGCCACCUGCAUCCUGGGCAUCGGCGACCGGCACAACAGCAACGUCAUGGGGCAGCUCUUCCACAUCGACUUUGGGCACUUCCUGGACCACAAGAAGAAGAAAUUUGGCUACAAGUGGCAGCGGGUUCCCUUCGUCCUCACCCAGGGUUUCCUCCUCGUCAGGAGGGGACACCGGCGUCCUGACCCCGCGCCGCGCCCCGGCAGGUCCCAGGAGAUGUGCUACGUGGGCUGCCUGGCCAUCCGGCACGACGCCACCCUGCUGCUGAGCUCGGGGCUGCCGGAGCUGCAGCCCUUCGGCGCCGUCGCCUGCCUGCGCAAGACGCUGGCGCUCCACAAGGCCGAGCCGGAGGCGCUCGAGUACUUCAGCAAGCGGGUGAAUGAGGCGCGACACGGCGGCUGGAGCACCAAGAUGGACUGGAUCUCGCACCCCGUCCGGCACGUGCCCCUCAGCGAGGCUGGGCACGGCUGA